GUAGUUAGUUCAGUAUUCCAGCACUCGCAAGCAUCACCAGACGUGUCCUCCCACGCGCUUGACCUUGUGAUCAUCCGUUGCCGUAUAUUCGAUAGUGUUUUGUUGACUAAAUUCUUUUGUUUUGUUCAUUCAGUGUUUAGUGUUUUGAUUUGAAGAACAGUUAUUUCGAAGAAGGCUUAAGUGAACAGCACGACUGAACCUUGCAAAACGAGUGCUUGUGAAAUCCGCCUAAUGACCUUUUCCGUGAAGUGUAAAUAGUGUACUAAUUAUAAACAAAAAACCUUAACUGAAUAGGUAGUCAGUGAGUGCAAAGCAGAGGGAAAACACAGUUUUGGUUUCAAGCUCCAGUCAAAAUUAAAAGUAGCAAUGGGGGAGCCGAAGGACCUCGAGAAGCUACUGGUAGAGCUAAAAGAAUGGGUCGCCGCACAGCCUCACGUUCCUAAGGAUAUGGAUGACCAGCUCCUCCGCCGGUUCCUGCACAGCUGCUAUUACGACAUAGAGAAGGCCCAGAAGGCCAUCGAAAGCUUCACGAGCCUUCGGGCGUCGACGCCGGAGCUCUUCGUAAAACGGGACCCAAUGUCGCCGCAAGUGCAAAACGCCCUGAAAAUUGUGAACCUAGGCCAGGUAAAAGCACCAGGCAACCGCAACCUUUUCAUCUGGCAACUAAACGACCCUGGCCUCGAGAACUACGACUAUCUGCAGGAUGCCCGCAUGUUCUUCCUUACCACAGAUGCCUGGCUACUUGAAGAAAAGAAUCUAGAAGAGCAUGACAUCGCCAUCUUGGAUGUAAAGGAUAUCACACUGAAAAUUCUGACCAAGAUAAACCUGUCUCUAGCGAAAAAACUGUCCAAAUAUCAGGAGGAAGCAAUGCCGAUCCGGCUAAAGCAGGUCCACGUGAUAAAUGCGCCACCCUUCAUCGACAAGGUGUUCUCCAUCAUGAAGCAGUUCAUGAACAGAGAUAUGAGCGAAAUGAUCCAUUUCCACGUGCCCAAGUCAGAUACGCUGUUCAAGUACUUCAGCCGCGAUGAGCUGCCUAAAGACUUCGGCGGCAACCUGGAAUCCUUAGAGUACUACAACCAAAGGCUGCAUAACGUCCUCUUGAAACAUAGGGAAACUCUAAGCAAGGACGACCUUUGGAGAGCGCCCGAGAAGAAAUCCAAGAAAUCUAAGGGCUCGAAGAAAGAAUUAGUCGUAGACGUCCCCGAAGUGGAUUCAUUCCGUUCCCUUGCCAUAGACUAAAAAAGGCAAAACAUAGAGUUCGUCAAAAGCGCUUCACACACCUUACUUAAUUCAACUGAUGACAGGGACGCAGCUAUACGUUAGACACCAUCUAAGGACGAGCCUUACUGGUAAUACUCGUAGUAAUGCGGCCAGUACCAGUACAGCGUAUCACGCACACGAACUCGAGCCAAUCGUGCAGCCUAACGUCAUAACGCGACUGGUUGAUGAGUUCGCAUCACGCGCGCGAUUGGUCGCAACUAGUUGCGUUAGACUGCACGAUUGGCUCGAAUUCGUGAGCGACACCACUGAACUAGCACCAUUCUUAGUGCCGCUAAGGCCCGUCCUUAGAUAUAUGUCAAUAUUAGACACGGUAGAGGUAGGUUUUUGCAUCUUACUACUACGUAUUGGUGGAUCCUUGUCGUGUCGUCGCCAUUACUGAAUUUAGUAAGGUGUGUGAAGCGCUUAAGCUAACCUUGUACUGCACCGACUUUUGCGGAACCAUGUGUAGAAGAAUAGCCGUCACACAUUCGUACAAAUAUGACAUUUACAGUGAUAUUUCCAAACUUCGUCGUUGCAAAUGGAGUUAGCUGGGUUCGAUUCUAAGAUUCUCUGUGCAUUUUACAAGUUAGCAAAAAUACGACUGAUAUACUUACUUGUCGAUUGCUCAUGCCCCAAUAGUAUUAAUUAAGUACCUAAUUAUUGUAAUCUGGUAAACCAAUUUGUUAAUAUAAAAAGGCGCGAAAUUCAAAUUUUGUUUGGGAGGCGAAACUUGCGCGCCUACAUUUUUUUCAAAUUUGCUGCCUUUUUCUACUAACAGUGUUGGUUUGCCAGACUGUUUUAUUUUUGGAUAUACAUAUUUAAUUAAUAUAUUGACGUUGUUAUUCAGAACCGUGUGUGAGACACAUGGGCAGUGGGUUAGGUAGUGUGUAAAUAGUUUAAAAUGUUUAGAUUGUAUCUUUUAUAUCUUUAUCUUGGACUUAAUCGUUCGUAAAAUUUCGCUACAGAUAAUUGCACAAAUUGAAAUUGAAUUUUAGUUAUACAUUGCUCUACUUCACAUGCUUAUACCUACUAUAAGUAGAUAAGUAUUCAUUAUAAACGUUCUCUAGCUGUACUCUGUAUCUUUAGUUUAGAUAUUAAAUAAAAGUAAGCAAAAUCUACCCUCAAAUGGCUCAUUAAGCCAGUUGAAGGUAGAUGAAAACAUUACAUGAUCAAGUAAUGUAGGUUAAAUUCAGGUCGUUUUGUAUUUGGUUGGUUAACCAAUAAAUUUUAUAACUACCCGAAAAUGUACGAAUUGUUUGUUUACUUUUAAAUAAAUACCUAAAGAUACAGAG